GCUCGCAUUGCGAGCGAUUUAAUGCUCAAGAAGUAUCGCCGCCGUCACGGGUGGUGAGGCCAUGUUUCGAUAAAGGUACCACAGAGGCAGAAGUCAUGACUGCUGGUGUCACAAUAAUCACAGCCAAGGAGGACUUGUACUCUCACAAAGCAUGUCCAACAGCAAGGCGGCGUAAAGCUACACAGCUCAACGAAAUGGUUUCAGACCUUGUAAUGCAGCAAUGGUACACACCGACUGUGUACUCCGGACAGCCCUCCAAUGCUCAGUACCGAGCCCGGCUCAAGUGUUAUCGUAUUCUAUCGCAUUGUUGCAUGCAGAACAUCGGCAUGGCAGACGUUCAACGUAUUCUCUGUCUCGCCUUGCAUGGAUCAUGCCUGUUGAUCGAAGCAUGCGGAAGUCGGUGGUCGGCUGCUUACCUCGAAGUCUCUUCGUACUAUUUCAGGCCAUCGUGCAGUUAUCGUAGGUCGCUCGGUCCCGACGUCUGCAUCGUACAAAUGUUUGGUCAAGCUCCAUGUUUGCAUGCCACUAUCCUCUCUCACACUUAGAGAACAAUACGGAAUAUCCAAACAACGAAGUCAUGAUGUAUUGGGACAACUCCGCUUAUGUUCCCCCCAAUAGUGAGGUCCGUAUUGAUUAUGGCAUCGAAGAUCCAGUUGACUUCUCUGAGUUAGCCGCGGCUGACUUGGUUACGGGACCAAUUCAUGAAAACGACAAUUUUCUGAGCGAUACUCUGGCGAAGGCACAAGCAGUGCGCGACGUGCACACGAGCAUUGAUCAGUUGAAGCGAGAUUUCGAGCAGACUGUGUCGA